CAUGUGACCUCUCCUGUGACUGUGAUGCCGAGCCAAUCCACAUCGAUUUCGUCUUCCACGUCGCCGGAUCCUCGACUGACAAUCUCACUUUCGAUUCUUGGCGGACUGUAUCGGUGACCUGCGAACCAGCUGUAUCUAGUCGCUCACCACUCGCAAGCUAUCAAUGGCAGAACAAGUACCCAAGGCCGAGAGUGAUCGCAUUUUCGCGGUGCUGAAGGGUCAGAAGGAGAACAAGAUAUGUUUCGAUUGUAAUGCGCGCAACCCCACCUGGUCAUCGGUCACAUUCGCCGUCUACCUAUGCCUCGACUGCUCCGCCACGCACCGAAACAUGGGCGUGCACAUCACUUUCGUGCGCUCGACCAACCUGGACUCGUGGUCUGUAGCGCAACUGCGGGCAAUGAAGGUGGGCGGGAACGCCAGCUACUCGACGUUCCUGCACAAGAACGGCGGAGGCAAUCUGCAGGGCAAGGCCAAAUAUGAAGGGCGCGUCGGCGAGCUGUACAAGCAGGAGCUUGCACGCCGGGUCAAGGCGGACCAGACUGUCAACCCGACGGGCAUCGUUGUUGAGGGUGCGACUCCGGCUGCUGGGGAGGAGCAAGCGGGCAAGGGCGAGGACGAUUUCUUCGAGAGCUGGAGCAAGCCAAGCACGCCAAAGGAGACGAGCCGCGUGGGCACCCCCACAGUGCCUGUCAUCGGGCGCGCCAAUAGCAAGCCUGGAACUCCAGCCCCAUCGACUCCUGCUGCAGCUGUCACGCCCGUGGCUCCAAGUCCCGUUGCGCCCAAGCCCCGUCUUGGUCUUGCGGCUGCUCCGCGAGGGCUCUCUGGUAGUGGAGGAGGCGCGCUCAAGCUUGGCGCAGGAAGCAAGAAGGGCAAGCUCGGCGCCCAGAAAUCGUCCCCCAUGUCUUUCGCGGAAGCUGAGCGCCGUGCUCGAGAAGAUGAGGAACGCACGAAAGCAUUGGGCUAUGAACGCGAGUCCGCACCUGCCGCAGUCACCGCUGCUCCUGCAUCAGUCGCCACCCCUUUAAACUCAUUCACUCCCGCCGCGUCAUCAGCAGCUGCUCCCGGUGCUACGCAGUCUUCCUCCCCUGCCGCUCAAAAGCCCGGAUUUGUGCGCUUGGGCUUUGGUGCGAUCCCCACUGCCUCCUCUGGGACGAUUGCCUCUGCUGGCGCUGUGCUGAACCCUGGCAUCAACAAGGCCACGAAUGCUGGUACUAGUGCUGCUGCGGUCGAUGACUCACCAACGACCGCACGCGAUCGAUUCGGUGGUCAGAAAGGCAUCAGCAGCGACAUGUACUUCGAACGGGGAUCGUACGAUGCCAAUGCUCGUUCUGAAGCUCAAGAGCGGCUGCGCAACUUCGAAGGCCGAACAGGCAUCGGCAGCGAUGAGUAUUUCGGCCGGGAGGAGAACGGCGAAGGCGCCGACCCAUAUGCCAACAGCGGGACAUCGUACUCUUCCUACCUCGGAGACAGCAGCAGCCUGGCUGGGAUCGAGAGUUCAGCCCGGGAUAUGAUUGGACGGGCAAUGGCCGACCCGCAGGUGCAGAACUUGGCGGAUAGCAUAAGAACCGGUGCUCUCAAGUUGUCUGACUAUCUGGCUCAAAUGUCUGAUCGUUGAUAUUUUGGGGUUGUGUUACGUAUAUAGACAUGCACACAUACCGGAAUCUCGAUCUUCCUUUCUUUCGCCCUGGCCCGUUUGGGUCGGUUGAUUGUUCGGCACGGUUUUCAUAAUCGUACACUGCUCGGAUGAUGUGUGGAUGUAUGAGCGACGACCUGCACAUGCUCUUCUGCUGAGGAAAGCGGGAAGAAGCGAAUGUGCAAUUGCUUGGCAAUGACCAAGCGAGAUGGGUCUUUGCAGUCGAGCCCAUUCAACGUUGAACUCAUGUGAUUGCACACAAGUUCUCAUCUGGAGCAGGCGGAAUGGUUCUCCAGAGUCUUUACCCCAGAUGAUUUCGUGAUCACAUCCCGCUAGCGGCACUCAAUUGUUCACCGAUGCAAGUCAGCAAGUAUUCACUCUCCUUCUCACGCCACGGGGAUGGAACAAACUCCAGGGACGAGCUCUGCUCUACGUAGUGUCCAGGGAUAUCGUAUGCCCCUCUUUCAUGCCAAUUAUAGGUAAAACCAAGCCGAGUCUCACGUAACUCACCUAAAUCGUCCCAAUGAUAUUAUGCUACUUUGCACAAUGGUUGGAAUAUGUAUGAUCGAAUCACAUUCUGGAGCAGCCUUAGACUCGUGUGGAGUCCCGCGUAACACACACAACCUCUUGGCCAAUUUUCCAAUGCCCUGCUGACCUGCGUAAUCAUCUCUCCCUUUACCAUAAAAGCGGGGAGUUGAAGCCAGGGAGGCCCAAGGAAAAAUACACUCACUCAAAGAUGCAAUUCCCCUCCAUCACUCAUCUCGCACUCCUUCUCGUUGCUUUCGCCGUCGGCACCCACGCCGCUGAGCUCAACGAGCGCGUCCCCUGCAGCUGCUUCUCUGGAGCGGACGGAACCCUCUACUGCGACCCCCCUGGCUGCCACUAAGCUUCGAAAGAGCUCGAAAUCUCAACGCAUCUAAUAAUGUUGAAAUCCAGAAAGCCAGUGUUCAGAUCGUAUACAAAAUCGGAGGUGGCGACGUCAAGGAGAGCGAUUGAGUAGUCCUGCUGUAUUCGGAACGAAAGAAUCACUUGUCUAUCCUCUAUCGAGUCUCUUCCUUGAUACUUCAGAUAAGUCGGCUCAACUCUAACUGAAGCAGUGGAGCAUUCAGAAGCAAUAUG